UGCGCCGCCUUGCAGGUUCCGCCGCCGCCCGAGCGCCCGCGCCGGCGAUGCCCCGCGGCCACCGGCCCCCUGAGCGCCGCAGCGGCGCGGGGAGCCCGGCCUGGCCGUAGCAAGGCCGCCGCCCCGGAGCGGCGCGUCGCGGAGGGGGCUGCCCCGCGGCCUGGCUGCCCCGCGGCUUGGCGCUUCCCCGCCGGGCCCGGUCCCACCAUGCGCCUGGCCGCGCUUCUAGCUGCGCUGCGGCCCGUGUUGCCGCUCGUCUUGGGCUUGUCGCUCGGCUGCAGCCUGAGCCUGCUGCGCGCCUCCUGGAGCCACAGCGGCGGCGAGGAGCAGUGCCUAGGCGCCGCGGGCCGACCCGGGGCUCCCGCCAGUGGGCCGCAUCUGGAGGCCGCCGAAGGGAGGCCGGGCCCUGGCCACGAGGACUUCAGACCUCGGAUUGUUCCCUACUACAGGGACCCUAACAAGCCUUACAAAAAAGUGCUCAGAACUCGCUACAUCCAGACAGAACUGGGUUUCCACGAGAGAUUGUUUGUGGCUGUGCUGACCUCCAGGGCUACCCUGAACACGUUGGCAGUGGCAGUGAACAAGACAGUGGCGCACCACUUCCCACGGCUGCUGUACUUCAGCGGGCUGCGCAGCGCCAAGGUGCCGCAUGGCAUGGUGCUGGUGGCCCAUGGCGAUGAGCGGCCCAUCUGGCUCAUGUACCAGACCAUGCACUAUAUCUACCAGCAUUUUGGCUCCGACUAUGACUGGUUCUACAUCAUGCAGGAUGACACCUACGCACAGGCUGAGCAGGUGAAGGCUCUGGUGACGCACCUGAGCAUUAACCAGGAUGUGUACCUGGGCCGAGCGGAGGAGUUCAUCGGGGGUGAUGAGCAGGCGCGCUACUGCCACGGUGGCUUCGGCUACGUGCUGUCCCGCAGCCUGCUGCUGCACCUGCAGCCACACCUGGACAGCUGCCGCAACGAGAUCCUCAGCGUGCGCCCGGACGAGUGGCUGGGCCGCUGCAUCAUCGACUUUCUCGGUGUCGCCUGUGUGUCCCAGCUCCAGGGCCAGCAUUAUCACACCUAUGAAUUGGCCAAAAACGUGGAGCCGGAGAAGGAGGAAGAGGAGGAGUUCCAAGCAGCUCUUGCUGUGCACCCAGUCUCUGAUGUGACCCUCAUGUACCGACUGCACAAGCACUUCAGCAGGAUCCAGCUGGAGAGAGCCUACCAGGAGAUCCAGGACCUCCAGAUGCAGAUUAGGAACCUGACGUCACUGACGCCUGCGGGUGAGGCAGGCCUGACGUGGCCCGUGGGCAUCAACGCCCCCUUCCUCCCAAAGUCGCGUUUCGAGGUCAUCAGCUGGGACUACUUCACUGAGCAGCACCUCUUCUCCUGUCCUGACGGCUCCCCCAAGUGCGAGCUGUCCGGAGCCAGCAAAGCCGACAUCAGCGAGAUCAUCGAGUGGGCUCUGGAGGAGCUGAACGGCCGCUACCAGCCGCUGCUGCGCUUCAGCAAGCGGCAGCUGCUCAACGGCUACCGGCGCUUCGACCCCACGCGUGGCAUGGAGUACACGCUGGACCUGUUGCUGGAGGCCGUCACGCAGAAAGGCCACAGCCACUUGCUGGCCAAGCGGGUGAGCUUGGUGCGGCCCCUGAGUAAGGUGGAAAUCAUCCCCAUGCCAUAUGUGACCGAGGCCACACGGGUGCAACUGGUGCUUCCUCUGACGGUGCAGGAUCUGGAUUUUGUGGCAAACUUCCUGGAUAUGUUUGCUAUGAACACCCUGGACACACACGACAAUGCCUUGCUGACUUUGCUUUUUGUCUACCACCCCUACGAUGCCCAGCGAGUCGGUCAGGUGGAUGUCUUUGCUGGAGUCAAAGCCAUGGUGGGAGAGCUGGAGAAACGCUAUGCAGAGGUUAAAAUCCCCUGGAUCAGCGUAAAAACCGAGGUGCCCUCACAAGUGAAGCUCAUGGACAUAGUCUCAAAGAAGCACCCUGUAGAUACGCUGUUCUUCUUGGCCAGCGUCUGGACAGAAAUCAACAUGGAGUUCCUGAACCGCUGCCGCAUGAACACUAUCAGUAACUGGCAGGUGUUCUUCCCAGUGCACUUCCAGGAGUUCAACCCUGCACUGGUGUACCGCAGCGAGCAAACGGCUUCCUCGGGCACCGACUUCCUGCGGGACGGACACUUCGACAGGCACUCCUUUGCCGAGGCCUGCUUUUACAACUCUGACUACAUGACAGCGCGUACCAAACUGGCAGCUGAUAUCCUAGACCAGGAUGAGGUGCUGGAGAGCAUGGAGGUGUUUGAUGUCUUCCUCCACUACUCUGGCCUGCACCUCUUCAGAGCGGUGGAGCCGGGGCUGGUGCAGAAAUACGCCCUGAGGAGCUGCAACCCGCGGCUCAGUGAGGAGCUGUACCACCGCUGCCUGCUCAGCAACCUGGAGGGACUUGCGUCCCGCUCGCACUUGGCCAUGGCCCUCUUUGAGCAGGAGCAGGCCAACAGCACUUGAGAGGCUCAACACAUCAGGAGCUUCUCGGCACCUUAACACUUGGCACUUUCCAUCCCCUUCCCAGCCUCUGCCGUGGGUGAAGGGCAUGCGAGGUGAAGUCAAAGGAGGAGGGAGGUUUUCCCAGCCCUGUCCCGAGGUGCAGGCAUGGGCUGCGGACAGAGGCUGCUUCUGGUGGGAUUUUGUCCUCCUUUGUUGUUGUUGGUUGUUUGGGUUUUUUUUAAAGAAAUAAAAGUUUCUUUCCAGGCAGA